UUGGUUAAGUCGUAGUCUUCCAACGAAUUACUUCAGUAAAGAACCUGCGUUCAACUUCAAAUAUAAUUAACCUCCAAUACGAAAUUGGAUAAUUAAUUAAUCAGAAUAAUGCUUGAAUGAUUUUCGUACGAUGUAUUUGACUAAGUGUCAUGAUGUCAACAUAACCUACCUGUUGGGUUUCAGCUAGUAAAAUUGUUUUUCUAAAACACCUAACAUAGGAGGCGUUUUGUUUCAACACUAUUGUAGAGGACGGGAAUAUUUAGCUCGAAAUCGUGAAGCCUAUUCAUAGGACAAGUGGUCGCCGAGAAGGCUAGUGGAUUUCCUUAAGACAAUAAUUGCACCUAAGUCCAGCCACGGAGCCAUUUGAAUCCGGGAUGUAUCUGUGAGAAUUUCCCCGAUACGAAACUAUUUCGUUCGGACAAGGGGAGACGUUCAUGGAUUUUUUAAGUGGGACCCGCUAGGAUGGACGUGGUUGAUGAAACUGAAGCGUUACAGAGAUUUUUUGAAGGUCAUGAUAUUACCAGCUCUCUGGAGCCAGCUAACAUCGACACCAGUAUUCUGGAGGAGUACAUCAGCAAGGAGGACGACAGCACUGACAUCUGUUUUUCAGAGGUCCACAGCGCCCCAGUACCGAAUUAUUCAUCCCCCCAGGCCGUAGUGUCCACAUCUGGGGGGCUGCUGUGUGGCGUGAGCCCCCCCAUCCCGUUGCGCCAGGGAGCCCCUCCGCCUGGACCCACUCCCUGUCAGACCCCCUACCCCCCUCCUCCACCCCUGGGCCUCCUUCGACACAACUACCCCUGCCUGGGCCAGCAGCAGGGCCACGUCAAGCCAGAGCACAGGGGCCACUACGCCCCCGGAACACUACCUGAGUCUCCUCCAGACUCCAGCUCAGAGCCAUAUUCUCCCCAGCAGGUGAAUGACACACACAUGCUCAGGACCAUGACGCCAGAAAACAUGUGUCACAUGACUCCCCCACCACCCCUCCCCCCCCACGGGCACUAUCCCAGCAUGCAUCGGGACAUGUACCUGAAGCCAGAGCCCAUGAUAUCGCAGUACCCCAUUGGCCCAGCCACGAGUGGGAGUGGAGACAUGCAGCAGAGUCAGAUGAUUCACCAGCUACUGCAGCACACUCCAGGCCAGGAUGGCAUCCCAGCCCACCAGGCCAAGAAGAGGAAGCACUCAGACUCUCCCAACAGCACCCUCAAUGCCCAAAUCCUCACAGGUAUCAUCAAACAAGAACCAGGCCUGAUGCAGGAUGCAGAAAACAGCUACCUUGAUCCCAACUACCAGUGUAUAAAAUGGCAACCCCACCAGCAGAACAAGUGGACUCCUCUGUAUGACUGCAACUGCAAAGAACUCCCGAUGCCCACCUAUCGCGUCGAUGCCGACAAGGGCUUUAACUUCUCCCUGGCGGAUGAUGCCUUUGUCUGCCAGAAGAAGAACCACUUCCAGGUCACAGUGUACAUUGGCAUGCUGGGGGACCCCAAGUACAUCAAGACCAACGAUGGCUUACAGCCAAUCGACUGCUUCUUUCUCAAACUCAACGGAGUCAAGCUGGAGGCCAUGAACCAGUCCAUCAACGUGGAGCAGUCCCAGUCUGACCGCAGCAAGAGGCCUUUCAAGCCUGUACUGGUGACUGUGCCACCAGAACAAGUAACCAAGGUUACGGUAGGACGGUUACACUUUAGUGAGACCACGGCCAAUAACAUGAGGAAGAAGGGCAAGCCCAACCCUGACCAGAGGUACUUCAUGCUGGUGGUGGCACUGCAGGCUCAGUCCCACAGUCAGAGCUUCACGGUGGCAGCUCAGGUGUCCGAGAGGAUCAUCGUCAGGGUAACCUCUGCGUCUAACCCAGGCCAGUUUGAGAGUGACAGUGAGGUCCUAUGGCAGCGUGGUCAGCUGCCAGACUCUGUCUACCACCACGGCCGGGUGGGCAUCAAUACUGACCGUCCAGAUGAGGCUAUGGUCAUCCACGGCAACCUCAAAGUUAUGGGUUCCCUGGUGCACCCUUCUGACCUCCGGGCCAAAGAGAACGUCCAGGAGGUGGACACCACUGACAAUUUGAAACGGAUCUCUCAGAUGAGGCUGGUUCAUUAUCAUUACAAGCCAGAGUUUGCAGCCAGCGUCGGCAUAGAGAACACUGCAGAGACUGGCGUGAUAGCCCAGGAGGUUCAACAGAUCCUCCCCGAGGCAGUGAAGGAGGGCGGGGACGUCGUCUUCGCCAACGGAGAGACUAUCCCCAAGCUGCUGGUGGUCAACAAGGAUCGUAUCUUCAUGGAGAACGUGGGGGCUGUGAAGGAGCUGUGUAAGCUCACAGACAACCUGGAGACCCGCAUAGACGAGCUGGAGCGCUGGAGCCGCAAGCUGGCCAAGCUUCGCCGCCUGGACAGCAUGAAGAGUACUGUGAGCGGAGGGACCGUCAGCCAAUCGGGAAGUCAGUUUAGCAGGACAGGAAGCGGCCCACUGAAGAAGAAGAUGGUUAAACCAGACAGCAAGAGCCCUUCUCCAGAGCAAGGUUGCAUCAGCCACAGGUUCAUGCAGGGCACCAUCCUGGCCCUGGUUGUCGUGAUGGCCUUCAGUGUCAUUUCCAUGUCCAUACUGUACGUGUUGACCCUGCACCACAGAGGAGACGUCAAUGAGAAAGACGGGUCCAGAGCUGCAUUGGGAUCCUCUCAUGAGAGUUCUUACGAGUCCACAACCUUCAGUCCACAAGACACAGUCCCUUCCCUGUCAGAUCAUGGGGCCUGCUGCCCACCCACAACUGCCACAAACAACCAAUCAGCUACAGUUCUGUCCCCAAGUAACAACCAAUCCACAUCAGAUCUAAGCAGCAUGAUCCCCACAACCGGAACCAUUAACAAGAAGGCCAAGUCCCGCCUGAUGGAUAAAGAUGGUCGCAACAGGAACCGUCUGAGUCACACUUCGACUCCUCUGUACCUGGCCAAGGCUAAGAGACCCGCCCCCUCCGAUCUGGGGGGAGCGGGGGCCACCAACCACCUGCCCCGGGGGCAGCAGCCCCCCCCACGCAGACAACGCAGCACACACACUGCGGGAGAGACCUUUACUCCUUCUCUUGAUCUGCACAUCUUGGAAAACGACCAACAGAUAACUAUGCAGGCCUGUCAGUCUCCUGGAAGAUGCAGCUACAUUAUAUCACUUCUUGGAAACAAGAACUCUUCUUUAUCACAAAUAACUCUUCACAUGAGGUCCAAUGAAAAUGUGUGGGUGCGUCAGUGUGGGUCCACUAAAGGCCGCUUGUGUCCUGACCACAGCGAAACAGAACUCUAUGGUGGACAGAGCAAAUCUUCCAUGGGGACAGACCACCUGUGGUCAGUGCCAGUGCUCACCUUCCAGGAUGUCACCUAUCACUUCCGUGUCUCUCAGUCUAGUGAAAUGAGCUGUGUCACAGAGGGAGAGAGUGAAGCUGCCACGUCAUAUUCCGACUACCAUUUUCUCAUCCAGAGCAGCUGUGUAUGAGAUGGGAGCACGUGGAGCACAGUAGUGUGUUCUGUUCCUACUGACCAGGGCCCAAACACAACCCCUUUUCUCCUCUACAACUCCUCCCCACCCCUUCUCAGAAGGGGGGCAGAAAAAGUUGUUAAGGCUCUCUUGAACUUCAUUUUUAAAUAGGAACACAGAUAUAUACAGCUCUUCAUGAACAUCUCUUUCUAUAACUGGGUUCAUUGUAUCCCUGCUCUAUGGGUCCUGUUCGUUUUAUAGCACUGUCACUGAACAUGGCUUGCUUGGAUGCCAGUGGAAGUCAUUGAAAAUGACUGAUGAUCUAUCUUACUGCUAUUGUAAACAAAUAAUGUCCUGUGCCUUAUAACUCACUGUAAUGCUGAUCCCAUUAUGUUUGCCACGUAUAACACAAACUAUUACUAGAUUUUUUGUAAAGUUUUAUUUGUUGGGAUUUUUUAUUAGAGUUAGGAAUGAACACAGGUUAAGGAAUACUGUAGCAAUGUCCAUUCUACAUUAUUACGAUACAUUAUCCAUACAUUUAACUUUUGAUCUCUACACUGUAACUAUUCAUUAUUGACUGUAAACAGUCUCUUUGGAUUCCCCGUUAUAUACACUGGAAAUUGUCUCAGUUUCUAUUGAAAGUUAAUUAUAGGUCAUUGACUUACCUCAGUUUUGCACACAGUCCAGUGUAUAAUAGAGAACAGUAUGUACCAGGCUGCUGUAAUCUAUGUCAAACUGAUUUACUCGCUGUCUUCAACAUUCAUUAUGGGGGCCACUCUUUGUGGGAGUGACCAACCGUAUAUAAAUUGUAACACAAACAGACUUGUGUGACUGCCAAACCAUAGAGCAGAGAUUUCAAAGGCUACAUCAGUGUAAAAAUAUCUAAAAUGCAGCAGCCAUUAUAGGAGGCCGCCAUUUCGAAUACAUUAAAUCUUAGUAGUGAAUCCACUUAAAUUCAGACUCAGUGACUGGUCAUAUAAGACUGAAUGUUUACUCAAAUGACUGGAAAUCAUGUGUAAACACUGGAUAUAACACUGGAUGCUCUCAGAUGCUGCCCACUGAGUUGCUCAUGUUUAACACUGACUAUAUUUCAAAAACACUGGAGAUUUAGUUAAUAAACUGUAUCUUGUCCAUAUGUUACUUAACAAAAGCAAAAGUGUACUGUAUGUGCACAUCAUAAACAUGUCAAGUGUCCAGUCAUUCCUUUCCAAAAGUCAGAAGUAAAUCAUCUCAAGGCCAAGGCAACACUUGGGCUUUAAUUCUGUUCAUCUAACUUGUGCAGGCAUCUUAAGCUAUGCACAAACUUCUGGCUCAUACACUCUGGAAUUUUAGCCUCUCUAUUUGUUGCCUUGAAUCCUUUAACUGUCCUUUUGGGCACCUCUAUAAAGUACAUGCAGACUGCACACUUUCCCAGCCACAUGUAUAACAUUUUCACUGGAAAAUACUGUAUUUUUUGUCUCUACUUCAUCUUAUUUCCUUUUCUUUGCUAUACACAGUCAGCUUCCAUAUGUUCCAUCAUUUGUAAUAAUUCAGUAUUUUUACAAAUUGCAUUAUUAUGAAGUGAUAGAGGAACAUUUGUCAUGAAUUGAAUUUAUUUUAUUAUGAUACCCCUUUUUGCAUUCAGAAUGCAAAUUACUUACUUAAAUGCUGUUAUUUGAAAUAGAGUAGAGAAGGUAUUAGGAAAAUAUCAACCCAAAGUGAAUAUAUCUAAAAUGGCGAUAUAUGAAACCACUGUAUAAUACUUUCAAUAUGAAUUAUAAUUUUUUUCUUAACGUGUACUGUUUUAGCUUAUUUAUAAUGCACCAGCCAGCAUAGAGAAACCAGCUUAGCACUUCUAGUUUUGCACUGUAUAUAUGAACUGCUUUUGUUCUCUCCAGGGGAUCCAACUGGUUUUAAAUACUCUGGUAGGAAUGCAUUACAUUUGACUGUAUAGCUUCAUUUUGUAACAAUCGAUGCUCCUUAUUAUGUUGUUUACUUUAUCACAUAAUUUUUACUGAUACUAUUGUUGUAUAAAUAAUAUGUUAACCUUGUUUUUGCAAUGAAAUUCUGUUCCAAUCAAAUGAACGAAUAGGCUUUCACUUUUGUCUUUUAGAAACACAUGCUUGCACACACACACACAUGCACACACACACACACCUACACACACACAGACACAUAAUCACACACACACAGUCACACACACAUUCUAUAUUUCAUCAAACCAUUGUUUGUUUAAUCACACCAAUCUGCAUAAAUAAAACAUUUCAGAAUACUAAAUAGCCUAUAUGAAUAUUUCAUCAAUUCGCCACCAUCCACACAUACAGUUACCUCGAUAAACUUACUAAAGCGUCCCCUUAACAAAAAAACCUUUAUACUUUGAUGGUGAUCAUAACAUAUAUUUGGUUGCCUAUUUGGUCUUGUUUAUUUGUGAAGAGCAUGUUGUCAUAAUA